UGCGCUUCUACAACCUGCUAGUACGUCGAAUUUUCUGCUCCGCAUCCUAUCCGCGGCCGGCCUUGUGACCCGCGCAUCCGGCCCUUGUCCUUUAUCUCCUGCUCUGUCCAUUGCCGCGCCCUGCUCCCAUCAAUUGACUUCUCAACAGCACUCCAGUCACCAUGGCCAUCACCAAGAUCCACGCCCGCUCUGUCUACGACUCUCGCGGCAACCCGACCGUCGAGGUUGACAUUGUCACCGAGACUGGCCUGCACCGUGCCAUUGUGCCCUCUGGUGCCUCGACUGGCUCCCACGAGGCCUGUGAGCUCCGUGAUGGCGACAAGUCCAAGUGGGGUGGCAAGGGUGUCACCAAGGCUGUUGCCAACGUCAACGACACCAUUGCCCCCGCGCUCAUCAAGGAGAAGCUCGACGUCAAGGACCAGUCUGCCGUAGAUGCUUUCCUCAACAAGCUCGAUGGCACAAAGAACAAGACCAACCUUGGUGCCAACGCCAUCCUCGGUGUCUCCAUGGCCAUCGCAAAGGCCGCCGCCGCUGAGAAGGGCGUUCCCCUCUACGCUCACAUUUCCGACUUGGCCGGCACCAAGAAGCCCUACGUCCUGCCUGUUCCCUUCCAAAACGUCCUCAACGGUGGCUCGCACGCCGGUGGCCGUCUUGCUUUCCAGGAGUUCAUGAUCGUCCCUUCUGAGGCUCCCACAUUCUCUGAGGCUAUGCGUCAGGGUGCCGAAGUUUACCAGAAGCUCAAGUCCCUCGCCAAGAAGACCUACGGCCAAUCCGCCGGAAACGUCGGUGACGAGGGUGGUGUUGCCCCUGACAUUCAGACCCCCGAGGAGGCGCUCGACCUCAUCACCAAGGCCAUCGAGGAGGCUGGCUACACUGGCAAGAUCAAGAUCGCCAUGGAUGUUGCAUCCAGCGAGUUCUACAAGGCCGAUGAGAAGAAGUACGACCUUGACUUCAAGAACCCCGACAGCGACAAGAGCAAGUGGCUUACAUACGAGCAACUCGCCGAGCUGUACAAGUCCUUGGCUGAGAAGUACCCUAUUGUCAGCAUUGAGGACCCCUUCGCUGAGGACGACUGGGAGGCCUGGUCCUACUUCUUCAAGACCUCCGACUUCCAGAUUGUUGGUGACGACUUGACCGUCACCAACCCCGAGUUCAUCAAGAAGGCCAUCGAGCUCAAGUCGUGCAACGCCCUCCUCCUCAAGGUUAACCAGAUCGGUACCAUUACCGAAGCCAUCCAAGCUGCUAAGGACGCUUUCGGUGCCGGCUGGAGUGUAAUGGUCUCCCAUCGCUCUGGUGAGACUGAAGAUGUCACCAUUGCUGACAUUGUCGUCGGUCUGCGAGCUGGUCAGAUCAAGACUGGUGCGCCAGCUCGAUCUGAGCGUCUCGCCAAGCUCAACCAGAUUCUCCGUAUCGAGGAGGAGCUCGGUGACAACGCCAUUUACGCUGGCAACAACUUCAGGACCGCCAUUAACUUGUAGACAGGUCAUGAUGGAAGCGCGACUAAGAUAAACGGUCGCGUGCGCUGUAAAAAAGAAGCGCUACGAUUAAUGGAGAAUGAUUUGAGCUGAAAGGAGUAGGAUAAACAUGUAUACAAAAUAUAAAGAUAUACCAUCCGAUGUGAUACUCGUCAUCCAUAAAAGUGCUGUCCCUGGUUGGUGUCUUUGAAUGUACAGUUAGGUUACCGUCUUGUUUGGCGAUAUAUGACAAGCGGCGGUGUCAAGGUCUGUAUUGAAGACGAGGAAACGUUGAACAUAUCUGCAAACCUAGCAUAUAGCAACCCUUUGUGCGCACUACGCCAAAAGGACCAAUCG